GGGGAGCUGUGGCUACUUAAGCUGGCGGUGUGCCUCGUUAUGUAUCUAUUCACUCACAGAACUACCACCUCUUCCAUACCAACACUACCUCUCACCAAAACUCAUCUCCCCUUUCCACUUCCAAUCCAACUCAACACACACAUCCAACAUGGGUUUCUGGGACCACGGCGAGAACUCCUACGACCAGGUCUACAACAAUGACAACUUCGAGGAGAACAAGGCCAGCUUCGGCCAUGAGAUGAUCGCCGGCGGCGCCGCAUUCGCCGGCUUCAAGGCGUUUGAAGACCACCAGCGCAAAGAGGGCAAGCCCGUGUCCCACGCCUUCGCCAAGGAGCUCGUUGCAGGCUUCGCAGCAGCCGAGGUGGAUAAGUUGGCCGAGACUAAGGGCGAGGAUUGGUUCGACAGGGAGAAGGCGAAGCGUCAGGCCAAGGAGCAUGCUGAGCGUAUGUAUGAUGAGCAAUACGUUGAUAACCACGGCGCGGACCAGUACGACCCUAACCAGUACGGCCGCCCUGAGCGAUUCGAGCGCCGCGGCUGGUAGAUGUAGUUGUACCUAGGCAUGUCGGACCAGUCUGGUACUUGUAGGAUCCAAUUCAUACCUAUCACAGCCAAGAUGCUGCACGAAUAUUACUGAAUACCUCCA